GGUUCUUCCAAAUCAACAGUGCUUUGAAGAAGUGGGUUCCAGCGGCACUUUCUCGUGUCAAAAGCGCAUCGAAUCAAAGCAAAGAAACCAAAUAGUCGCAGGAAUGGAGGGAAUGAUGCAAGGCCAAUCUCAGCUCCAAAAUCAACAACCACCACCGCAGAUGCUGGUAGCGGAGAGGCUGAACCAGGCGGUGGUACAGCAGCUCAAUUUGGAGUCCGUAAAAACUCGAGCUAUCAGUCUCUUCAAAGCCAUCUCCCGCAUCCUUGAAGAAUUCGAUGCCCACGCUCGGUCGAAUGCCACCCCCAAAUGGCAAGAUAUUUUGGGGCAAUAUUCUAUGGUGAACCUUGAGCUUUUCAACAUUGUGGACGAGAUUAAGAAGGUUUCGAAGGCUUUUGUAGUGCAUCCGAAGAAUGUUAAUGCAGAAAAUGCUACAAUUCUGCCUGUUAUGCUAUCCUCAAAACUAUUGCCAGAGAUGGAAAUAGAUGACAACUCCAAGAGAGAGCAAUUGCUUCAGGGGUCGCAUAGUUUGCCAAUAUCCUCACAAAUCGAGAAGUUAAAGAAUAUAAUUGAUAUGAUUGCGGCAGCCUGUGAAAGUGCUGAAAAAGUAUUAGCUGAUACUCGCAAAGCCUAUCAAUUUGGUACUCGACAGGGGCCAACAAUUCUUCCAACUUUAGACAAGAGUCAGGCUGCAAAAAUUCAAGAACAAGAGAAUUUACUUCGAGCUGCUGUAAAUUUUGGUGAAGGACUUAGGGUGACUGGAGACCAGAGGCAGAUUACAUCUGCACUUCCAAUGCAUCUGGCAGAUGUGCUGAUUGUGGGGGAUGGAGCGCAUAAUUUUUCUGAUUCUUCUGGGAUGUACAUGAAAAGCACUCCACCUCUGUCGUCAAAUAGCAUCAGUAAUCAGGGACCUUUAUUACAGGCUUCAGGAACAACACUUAUGGGAAGAUCAGCUGCAUCUCCCUCUGCUGCUACAGCUGCUACUUCUUUUGACAAUACUACGACAUCCCCACUACCAUAUGCCAACUCACCAAGGUCUGGUACAAACAUGAUGAACACUCCUUCUCCUCAGCAGCAAACCCAACAACAACAGCAGCAGCAGCAGCAACAGCAAAGGCAAAAAAUGAUGCAAUUACCACAUCAACAGCAAUUCCUUGCUCAGCAACAAUUCAGACAAUCUUCAAUGCAAGGACUGGGACAGAACCAGCUGCCACAGCUGCAUGAUUUGCAGGGACAGAGUCAACAGAAAUUUCAGCAGAUGCAAUUUUCUCAGCCACUGGGACACCAGCAAUUUCAGGGUAGGCAACUGCCCUCUGGAUAUGUUCAGCAUGGCAUGGGUCAAAACCCACUUAACCAAGGGAAUCAGUUAAAUCGCCAUUUGAGCCAGUUUUCUGGUACUGCAAAUAAUGCACUGUUUAAUGCUGCUCAGGGGGCACCAAAUACCCAGAUGAUUCCAAACAUGUCGGCUACAAUGUCGUCUCAACCACUUGUGCCACGAAUGCAGUUUGGAUUAACUGGUAGCAAUCCCCAGAGGAGUCAUGCAUCCCAAAUUCUGAAUGAUCAAAUGUUUAAUAUGGGAGUGUCGAAUCCUGGUAGUAUGAUGCCCAUACAGCCACAGCAGCCUCAACAGCAGCAGCAACUUGGUUCUCAAGGUGCAUUUGGUAAUAUGCCACCAAAUGCACAAAAUUUGGUGACACUUCAGAAUGCAUCACAAAAUCAUUCGAAUUUCGUACAACAGAGGCAGCAGAAUCAGCAGUAACUAAAAUUCCAUAUUAAUUUACACCCACACACACCACACAACAACCCCACCCCCUCUCUCGUCUUGCCCAGUUAGAAUCACAUUUAAGUACUAGCGAUUAUUAAGCAUUACUGGUAUUAGAUUGAAAUUAUUCAGUAUAGAUAGGGCUAUAACAAUUCUCAGAAUUGGUAAAAACAUGUAAAAUUAAAUUUACAUAAAAUUUUCACUCUGCUCUUGUAUUCUUCAUUCUCUUGCAGAGCUGUAACAUGCUGUGUGUACAGCGCCCUUUAUUUCACAUCAUUUUUGUUA